ACUAUAGAUGUCCAAAUAUGUCUGUUGCUGCAUAUAUCAUUCAUUAUUAACACGUGUUCUUUCAUAUCACGUGUGACUUAUUCACGUGUUUUGUCACCAUAGUCAGGUGUGUUAUGGAUGACGUGUUGUUAUUAUUGUAUUUUCCUUAACUACGUGAUCACUUGGUUCGAGCGUUUGAGUAUGUUUGUCAUCCUUCUCAACUGUGUGACGCUGGGCAUGUACCGGCCCUGUGUCGACGAGAUCUGUGACACCAACCGCUGCAAGAUACUCCAGAUGUUCGACGACGCCAUCUUCGCCUUCUUCGCGGUGGAGAUGGUGAUCAAGAUGGUGGCCAUGGGGUGGUCGGGCAAGGGCGCUUAUAUGGCAGACUCCUGGAACAGACUCGACCUCUUCAUCGUCGUCGCCGGGUCUUCAGUAUUGUCAAGACUGUGGGUAAUAAGAGAAACGGAAGCAAGUUUAACUGAAAGCAUUACAGCAGAUGAUGACACUAUUCUUGUGGCAGUCCAGAAGGAGUAA